GAAAUGACGCAAGAGGCUGUUGAAAAAAUAAAAGAGCGAUAAUUGUUAUUGUUAGCUUGUUAGCUAGCAGACGAACUCGUGAAUGGAGAUAUGACAGAGUAAUAACGUCUUAUUACAUGUGCACGAUUAAGUUAUUACAAACGUAAAGUGAUGGAGGACGGAAACAGGACUGAUGCUGCUUCCACAUCCAAGAGCCACGCAGGCUCACUCCACCUGCAGACUCCAAAAAAUGAGGACGCUUAUGAAAUUGCCAUCCCCUAUGAAGAGAACAACUUUGAGCAGCAAGGAUUUUUCAACCAGAGUGAUCAGAAUUUUGAUGAGUCACCCACAUCUGCUGGCCCCUCUCCAGUCAACAACUCAUACAUGGUGAUCACCAACCUGCGGACCCAGCUACAGAUCUCUCUGGAGAAAAACUCUUGGCUGCAGAAAAGAAUUGAGGACUUAGAAGAGGAGAGGGACUUCCUCCGUUGCCAGCUGGACCGCUUCAUCUUUUCCACAAAGAGCCAGGGACAGGAACAGAGUCAGAGCCAGUACAGUAACGGUUAUGAAUCUAGACGAUUCAACUGGAGGGCAAGAAGAGAGGACGAUCGUCCUGCUGAGCAACAGAAGACAGACUCACAGCAUUUCUCCUCACGUCCGUUUAUCCAACGAAGGCCUGGUCCUCCAACUAUGGUCCCUUCCAAAAACCAUGUCUCCAGUCCACUAACCAAUCAGCUUGCCUCUAUUAAUGCUUUGUUCAACUCUACGCAAUCCCAGGCCCUCUUGCAAGGCCAUAGCCACAGUACUCCCAAUACCACAGCUAGUGGCAGCAGCUGCAACAGCAACAGUGCUACAAGGUCAUCCAUAAAUGAAAUGAGUGGACAUAGCAACGUAGGUCCAGAUUCACUUUCACUCUUGGGAGAAACUGAUGAGUACUUGGAGCAGGACAGCUACCUAGACGAGGAGGAAAUGAUAUCAGGGGAAGAUGUUAUGUCAGAUACCAUUAACGGCAACAGACACCAAUUAAAGAGAAGACGGGUCUUCCGACCCCCUAGAGAGCGGCAGAGAGGUGAGGGAAGUGAAAGAUGCUGCUGGAGUGCUGUUUCGCUACAAGAAGAUCCUGCUUACAUACCAGCGUCUGAAAAAUAUGUCCAAAGCCUUCCAAAUCCAUGGUGUGGACCGCAACACGGUGGCUUCCACCACACCCAUUGCUGAGCUGCUACUAGUGGCCCCAGAGAAGGUGGCAGAGGUGGGCGAGUUUGACCCAUCCAAGGAGAAGCUGCUGGACUAUGCUCGGCGCUGCUACACUGCCCUGGAUGAGGAGACACUCAGCAGGGUGCAGGCCCUGAAGAAGAAUAACCUACUCCUGCCUAUUUCCUACAGGUUCAGACACUGAGGGGAGAAAGACAGAGGAAGUGGGAAGUGUCUCUGGAAAACAGUGGAGUUGGUGGUUAAGUGAGGAGAGGAGAGACAGUUGGGUUCUGCUGCAGCAGGCCAGCUCACCUCUGAGACACAGAGAUGUCCAGAGGCAUGAGGAAUAAUUUUGCUAUCUCAGAAUCCUGGAUAUGGCUGUGUAAACUGUGGCUGUACUUAUAUGAGUGCAGAGACACACAGACCUUUUCUUUCCUGAACAUCUGGAUCAGCUCGGGGCCAGUAAUUCGUUAAUUGAUUGUCUAGAUCAUUUCAGUUCCUGACAGUCUAAAUGAUUUAUAAACAUACCAAUUUGUAUCACUUUAUUUUGUGUGCAAUUUUGACACAAUCAUAAAAAUAUGGUAGUUUUCAAUCAUAAUGUCUGUGUAUGUUAUAAUUAUGCUGCACUCCAUAGAUUUUGUAGAAUUAUGCCAUAAUUUUAAGAAAUAAUAAUUUCCUUUUGUUUAUAUUGCUUUGUGUGUCUUUUUUGUAUUAUUUUUCGUAUUGUCAUUAUAUCCUCAACCAUUUUCACUUGCCUUAAUGCAAUUUUUGUGAUUUCCUUGCGUGAGACUCCCUGAUCACCCACUGUAUUGGAAUCUUGGGAGUCGUUUUGCGUUCUCCUUUCCUUUCCAUUUCUCCUGGUUUAAAGGAGGGGAUAACUCUUAAAGUGAAGGAAACGGAUGUGAUCAUGAACUGACUACAGUAAAGACUAAUCCAACAUUAUGUGGUGCAAAUGCAUUUUUGACAGUAACAUACUUCUGGUAACAAGAGCCACUUGUUUUUAGUUAAAAAUCAGAGAGACACACAAAUUUGUUGGUGGUAUUGUAUGUGUUUGACUCAUAUUAAUAAUGCCUGUUGGUCUUGGGCCCUGUUUUAACAACAAUACUGCUGCAUUACUCUGUUGUUCCACUAAGGGUUGUACCAACCCUUUUUGUAAAUGAUCUGCACUAAAAUACAGUAAAUGUCACUUCUUAUUCUAUUGAGGCACUUAUAAUGCUUUGGUAACAAUAAUAACUUUUGUAAAAUGUGGUACAGAGCAUUUACUAUACUAGCUAUUUGUAAUUUUACAGUGUGUUACAGUAUCAACAGAAGCAGCUAGCUUGAGCACACUGAGGAUAUGUUAUUGCUUCCCAAUGCUCCACUACAAAUGCAUGUGAAAAGAGCUCUUUGAUGGUCUGUAGUUUAUAGAGGUCUUAUCAAAAUGUGUAAUUUUCAAAGCAGCAGACAUAUUGAUAAUGUAUGACAAUGUGUGGUGUUUAUACUGGUACAGUGAAAUGAUAAGAUCUCAUAUUAAAACAGUUUAGGUUACAGUGGAA